GAUGUUGUGUUCUAGUAUGGAGAAACGUGUUUCGGGAUAUACAUUCUCGUAGUGGCGGAAUUAAAAACUGUUUCACUGAUAACAGAAACAAUUAAGUGGUCGGCAGCUAGAAUAAAACGUUUAUAUUUAUUUAGAUACUGCAAUCAACAACGUAGUUUAAGUAUUCACAGUGAUAUCUUGCAAAAUACGCAUUUAUCAUAUAGUUUACCUAUUCCUGCAUAAUGGGAAAAAAGAAAGCUAAUCAGCUGGGUCGUGCUCUGAUAAAGGAUCGUUUUGGCCAUGGCAAUCGAAAAACUGUCGACAACAACUGCAUGCUUCACACCACCGAGGUCCAGGAUGGUUACGAUUGGGGUCGAUUGAAUCUUCAAUCCGUGACGGAGGAAUCGUCCUUCCAGGAAUUCCUCCGCACAGCCGAACUCGCGGGAACGGAAUUCCAGGCGGAAAAGCUGAACAUCUCGUACGUGAAUCCCAAAUCGAAGGUCGGUCUGCUCACCAAUAACGAGCGGGUGGCGAUCGAACGGAUGCAGAUGGAUAGGAAGAAUCUGCUGAAAAUUCCCCGUCGACCCAAGUGGAUCAAGGAAACAACGCCGGAAGAGUUGCAAUCGAUGGAGAACGCAAACUUCCUAGAGUGGAGACGGGGACUCGCCUCGCUACAGGAGGACGAAGGUAUGCUAAUGACUCCGUACGAGAAGAACUUGGACUUUUGGCGACAGCUGUGGAGAGUGGUGGAGCGAUCGGAUAUUGUCGUGCAGAUUGUGGAUGCCAGGAAUCCACUGCUGUUCCGGAGUGAGGAUUUGGAGCGAUAUGUGAAGGAAGUGGACGAGAAGAAAAUCAAUAUGAUUCUCAUCAAUAAGUCAGAUUUUCUGAACGAUGAGCAGAGAGCCAGCUGGGCGAAGCAUUUCGACGAGCAGAACAUUAGGGUUGCGUUUUUCUCGGCCGCUCAGUCGGUUGAGGAGGCGAAGAAAGAACAGGAAGAGGCAGAGGCCGGGGGUGAUGUUGCAUCGGAAGAGGUGGCGCAAAAAUUGGCGGAGCUGUCGGUGAAGGUUGACAACGUGGAGAAGGUACUUGAGCGGUUCGAAGAGAAAAUCGAGGAGCUGUCCGAGGAUACGGGAGCAACUUCGGCAACUUCGGUGGAGGAUCCUAAAAUGCGCAACAAUCCAAAAAUUCUCACCAACACCGAACUGAUUGCGCUGUUCAAAAGCUUACACCAAGAGGAACGAGUCACUAAGGGUAUUGUCACUGUUGGCCUGGUGGGCUAUCCAAACGUGGGUAAAAGUAGUACCAUCAACGCGGUGUUCCUCGAGAAGAAGACAUCCGUCUCGGCUACCCCUGGAAAGACGAAACACUUCCAGACGCUGUUCGUCGACAAAGAGCUGAUGUUCUGUGACUGUCCCGGACUGGUGAUGCCCAGCUUUUGUGCCACCAAAGCGGACAUGAUAUUGAACGGAAUCCUGCCGAUCGACCAGAUGCGUGAUCACGUUCCUCCGGUGAAUCGGCUCUGCACGCUGAUUCCGCGCCAUGUGCUGGAGGACACCUAUGGUAUCAUGAUAACGAAGCCGCUCGAGGCUGAAGAUCCCAACAGACCGCCGUACUCGGAAGAACUGCUGCUUGCGUUCGCAUACAACCGGGGUUACAUGACUGCCAACGGACAGCCCGAUCAGUCGCGAGGAUCUCGGUACGUGCUGAAGGACUUCGUGAAUGGGAAGCUACUGUAUUGUCACGCUCCGCCGGGGGCGGAACAAAACGAGUUCCACAAGUUCCCCGAGAGAAAGAAGGAAGAGGUGGAUGUUAAGCUGCUUCCGCCACGGCAGCAACGAGCGAUGAAGAUGGGCACCACAACUGGCAAAGAAAUCGACGAACAGUUCUUCCAGCAACGCUCGCAUACUGGUUUCAUCAAGGGGCGCAGCGAUUUCCCCCAUGUGCGUCCCAUGGGAGCGCCGAAUCCUCAAGAGGCGGGAGUUAUGAUCGCGGGGAAACCAUGGAAAGGUCAAAAGCGAGAGAAGCGCGAAAAGCUCCGAAGGAAAUACGCCCAUCUCGAUCAGCACUGAAGAAGGUGGAUGGGAUUUUGUGAUAGUGAUGAAUCGUGUUCGAGAUAUAUUUUGUAACGUUAUUGCUGUACAAAAGUGUUUCAUAAUCUUUAUUUUAAAUAUAUAUCCUACUCGUAUUUCUUUA